AAAAAAAGAAGUAGGGUCCUACCCUGGCACUCCAUAGCCAUCACCGACGAAGCCGAGAGAUCGAGGGGAAGAUCGACAUCAGACGAGGAAUCAAGAAAAAAGUCUAAAAUGGCUGGGAAAGAAACAGAAACAAACAUUUCGAAUGAAGAAGAUCUUGAAAGGAAACAUUUUAUGCGAAUUCUAGCAGCAUUUAUGUAUUACAAAACCUAUGCUUCGAGUCGAGUUGAUCAUGCACAUGCAUCAUUCAAGUCUAUUCCACAGCAUCACCAAGACCUGUUGCCAGACUUUAUACCACAUCUCAAACAGAUCAAACACUGCAUUGACCAUAACUUCAUCAUCAUUCAGCUUAUGCUAGACAGUACAAGAGAUAUGUUUGAGAACAGCUCAGUGAUAACAAAUGGUGAGAGUGCUGGGGCUAAAGCUGUUGUGAAGAUGGACAUGGAUAAAGUACUAACAACCUUGAAGCAGUUCUUCAGAGAUUGGAGUUCAGAUGGCAAGGAAGAGAGGGAUGGAUGUUAUAAGCCUAUCAUUGACGAGAUCAAACAGUUAUACCCAAAGGGAAAAUGUAAACCAGAUGAAGUGGAUGUGUUGGUUCCAGGUGCAGGGUUAGGUCGGUUAGCCUUUGAGAUUGCAAGCAACGGAUACCGUUGCCAGGGCAAUGAAUUCAGUCUGUUCAUGCUCAUUGCCUCACACUUUAUCCUCAACAAGUCUACAGAAACAAACAUGUUUACAUUGUAUCCAUGGAUACAUGCAUUCAGCAACAACAAAUCGUCAGCCAAUCAGAUCAGGCCUAUCCACUUCCCUGACAUCAAUCCCAUGCUCCUUUCACCCGAUGCACAUUUUUCUAUGGUAGCUGGGGAUUUCCUUGAAGUCUACACAGACGAAGAUCUAUGGGACUGUGUAGCCACCUCAUAUUUCAUUGACACAGCCAAGAACAUCCUAGCGUACAUAGAGAAGAUAUACCGUAUUCUGAAACCUGGUGGACACUGGGUUAAUUUAGGUCCUCUUCUUUAUCAUUUUGAAAACAUGCCUAAUGAGGAUUCCAUAGAGAUCAGUUAUGAUGUUCUACAGAGGGUCAUUCUAGAUAUGGGCUUCAAGAUUCUGAAAGAGAACCCCUGUGUAAGAUCAACCUACAUCCAAGAUCCAGAAUCCAUGAUGAGAUACUCCUAUGAAUGUGUUUUCUUCGUCUGUCAAAAACCAGCUUCCCCUCAUGAAAGAGCACAGGAGCAAUUAUGACAGUACUCCCCCCUCAAUUCAUUUACAUGCCAAGUCUGCCUCUAGUUGUUGUCAAAUAUAUAUAUUUCCAUUAUUCCGUAACCAUUCAUAUUUUGUGUGUAUGGGUGAGUGUGACUAUGUAUGUUUGAUGGAUGUAAAAUAUUUUAGGAUAUGAGGAAAUUUAUAAUCAUUGUUUAUUUGGAUUAAUAUGAAGAGAUCUGAUUAAUCAAUCUGCAAUGAAUUUAGGUGGAUUAUUUCCUAUUGAUCUCAUAUUUUGUCCAUGUGCAUAUGUAUGUGACCGUGUGCUGGAUUAAAUAUUUUAAGAUAUAAUGAAAUUGAAUAUUCAUUGUGUAUUUGCAUUUCUAUGAAAUGAUCUGAUUAAUUAAUUUGUAAUGAGUUCAAAUUGAUUAUUUCUAAGUAAACUCAUUUCAUUAAAAAAAUAUAUAAUAAUAAUAAUAAUAUUCCGCAUUUAUAUAACACUUAACACAUCGGAACGACGUCUCUAAGCGAUAUAUUAUUACCCCGGUCGUCGGAUCCUUGCAUGCCCGCAUACAAUGUAUGCACCUCCACUCCCUGGGGAGCAUUCCAACAAGAGUUCCAAGACUCAAUUGCUAGUCAUACUACAUAGGCUUUCGCAUUCUACCGGGUACCCAUUUAACACCUUGGUGGAGAGUGGCAAUUGUGGAUUCACGCCUUGCCAAAGGACGCUAGGCCAUGGUGGGAUUCAAUCACAUGACCCUCUGAUUACAAGGUGAGAGUCAGAACCGCUACACCACGUCGCUAUGUGUGAUGGAGGAAAUAUAUUAGGAUAUAAUGAAAAUUAAUAUUGUUAAUUGCAUUUGUAGUGGAUCAUUUUAUUAGUCAAUUUGCAAUGUAUUUCUAUGGAUUAUUUCCAUUUGAACUCAUAUUUCAUCUUUAUGUGUAAUGGAUGAAAUAUAUCUGGAUAAUUUUGAUGAAAAUGAAUAUUUAUUGUUUCUGUUUCUGUUGAAGUAACUUCCAGCCAAGCCGGCCUAAUAUAACAAUUAUAUAGGAAACAUUUUAUGUCUGAGAUAAUCAGUCAUAGUGGCUGACCUUAUAGAAGACAGAAGUUUGGGGGGCCUAUUUUGUUAAAGUGGGGAUAGUUUGUAUUUGCAUCUGUACAAAAUGAUCUGAUAAAUUGAUUGUACAAUGAAUUUAAUGACACCGAUACAAAUUGAUAUACCAAGAAUUGUAUAUAAAAUGACAGGACAUCAUCUCAUCUCGAGGAAAAAAGUGAGAAAUAUGUCACAAUCAUUGAAAAAUUCUGAGUAACACUUAUGUAGAGAUCCAUAUUAGACACCAUGGUCCUCAUCUAUGGAACUCCCUCCCUGAGUCUUUAGAAGAUGUUUCUCUCUUUCAUUUAACAAUUCAUAUCAUUCAUCAUUGAUCACAAUUAGGUGCAAAACAAAGAGUAUACAUAUUUCAUAGGAUUUACAAUUGAUUAUUAGAUCCUAUGAUAGUCAGGGUAGGCAUUUUUAUUUACAGCAUAGUUCUUCUCCUUUACAGUGUUAUAUGAUUUUUUUAAACAAAUAUUUGUGCGAAUGAUACCUAUGGACAUUUUGUUUUCAUGUAUGAUAAUAUAAUGCAAUAUAUUCCUCUUUUAUUUUGCUUGGUUUAAUUUUUUAAUGCAUUAUUUUUUCAUGAUCCGGGUUAUUGUAAUUUUUUAUUAUUAUUUAUUUGUUUGUUUUAUUUUUUGAAAAAAAAAAGAAAUCCUUUGAAGAACAUGUACAAACAAUGAGUGGUACACAAUGAAUAUAGAUAUCAAAUCAGAGGAUAGCCUAAAUUUUAUGCUAAUAUAACAUUACUGUUUUUCCGGGGGGGGGGGGGUCUUGACUGUACAUAAUAAUAUGAUCAAGUUCCUAAGUUCUCUUCUAUCAAAAAUCUUGUUUGAUAUAAUUUAAUCGUGCAUGUAUGAUAGAGCAAGCGAAUGAAAUAACUUUUAAAAUGAAAAAGUGAUUUGGUGGGACAUAUACUUUUCUGUAGAUUUUAAAUUUGAAUUAGGAAUUAUUAGAUGAAGGAAAUCCAAGAUUAUUUUAUUGGUCCAUGAAUGGAAGUAACGAUCAUGUUAGUGUGAUUUUUUUUCCCUUUGAUGUAUGUUAAUUUAUGAAGUUUAUAACUGUAUUGGACUUGAUUAGAAACAGGUUAUAUCAAAGGAUUAACUACAUCCAUGUGUAAAGAAAAAAAAAUCAUAUUUGUCAUUUGAUUGUUCUGUCUGACUUAUUUUGAUAAAUUUCCCUUUUUUGGAAUUUGUGAAAAAGGAAGAAAUUCAACAUUAAAUUAUACAUUAUUUUUA